CCUUUGACACUGCCCUGCCAAAGCUGUGUGGCUGAGCGAAGUGAAUGACGUCUCUGCAUUUGCGGGCCGCCGACGCAGGGUUGGGUUUCCAUUUUCAGAGCGAGUUUCGGGGGGGAUCAUCAACAUGGAGCCGGAGAUGGAGGACAAAACGUUGGAAUUGAUGAACACAUCAGGGAUGGAGUCACAGAACCUCGUAGACGACCUGUCACCAAAGAAGAAUACAGUUGUCAAGCUUAGUAACGGUCCAGUGACGGGGUCCCGCAAGCGUCCUUCGGAGGGCAACUAUGAGAAGGAGAAGGAGCACUGCAUCGCCCUGUUUGACCAGUGGUCGGAGGCCGACCAGGUGGAGUUUGUGGAGCACUUGAUCUCCCGUAUGUGCCACUACCAGCACGGCCACAUCAACUCCUACCUCAAACCCAUGCUGCAGAGGGACUUCAUCACUGCGCUGCCAGCCCAGGGCUUGGACCACAUAGCGGAGAACAUCCUGUCGUUCCUCGAUGCACGCUCACUGUGCUCAGCAGAGCUUGUGUGUAAGGAGUGGCAGAGGGUCAUCUCGGAGGGAAUGCUGUGGAAGAAACUCAUUGAGCGCAUGGUCCGCACGGACCCGCUCUGGAAGGGUCUGUCCGAGAGACACCAGUGGGAGAAGUACCUGUUCAAGAACCGCACUACAGAAGUUCCGCCCAACUCCUACUAUCACUCCCUCUACCCCAAGAUCAUCCAAGACAUAGAGACUAUCGAGGCUAACUGGCGAUGUGGCAGACAUAACCUGCAGAGGAUCCAGUGUCGCUCGGAGAAUAGUAAAGGGGUCUACUGUCUCCAGUAUGAUGACGACAAGAUCAUCAGCGGCCUUAGAGACAAUUCCAUCAAGAUCUGGGAUAAGCAGUCUCUGGAGUGUCUGAAGAUACUGACCGGUCACACAGGCUCAGUGUUGUGUCUGCAGUACGAUGAGAGGGUCAUUGUCACCGGCUCCUCUGACUCGACUGUCAGGGUUUGGGAGGUGACGUCAGGCGAGGUGCUGAACACACUGAUCCACCACAACGAGGCUGUGCUCCACCUGCGCUUUGCCAACGGCCUGAUGGUCACUUGCUCCAAGGACCGUUCGAUUGCUGUUUGGGACAUGGCGUCACCCACCGACAUCAGCCUCCGUCGUGUCCUGGUGGGGCACCGCGCUGCCGUCAACGUGGUGGACUUUGACGACAAGUACAUUGUGUCCGCCUCAGGGGACCGCACCAUCAAGGUGUGGAGCACCAGCACCUGUGAAUUUGUGCGCACCCUAAAUGGGCAUAAGCGAGGCAUUGCCUGUUUGCAGUAUCGAGAUCGCCUUGUGGUCAGUGGCUCGUCAGACAACACCAUCCGGUUAUGGGACAUAGAGUGUGGUGCAUGUUUGCGGGUGCUGGAGGGUCACGAGGAGCUGGUGCGCUGCAUUCGCUUCGACAACAAGAGAAUUGUCAGUGGCGCCUAUGAUGGUAAAAUCAAGGUGUGGGACCUGCAGGCGGCCCUGGACCCACGAGCCCCAGCCAGCACCCUAUGUCUGCGCACACUAGUGGAGCACUCGGGCCGUGUGUUCCGUCUGCAGUUUGAUGAGUUCCAGAUCAUCAGCAGUUCUCACGACGACACCAUUCUGAUCUGGGACUUCCUGAACGUCUCAACCAAUGGCCAGUCAGAGGGACGGUCCCCCUCCCGCACCUACACUUACAUAUCCAGAUAGCAGGUGGCGCCACCCACCGCACCCUUUCUUGGAGGAGCCCAAGGCUGAUUGGCUGAUGGGUGCGUCUAUCGUGGAAAGGAGCCCCAUCUCUUCUUCUCCUUCCUCCUCGUCAUCUCUCUGUCCACCCCUCCCCACCACCACCACCACCUCCACCUCACUGUCUGUUCUGACAGACUCUUAAGCUUGUGCCCAUUGCCUGCCAGUACCUUUUUGACAUGCGCGCGCACACACACACACACACACACACACAGGUAAACACAGAUGAGGAUGCCCUACUACAGAACCCACGCCGCUCCCCCAAGAAGUUCAUAUUCUACUACUAAUUUAUGUUCUGUAAAGUACACUAAUGACAGUAUUAACAGAGACCGUACGAGUCACCAAGCUCCCUCCUUGUCCCCCAACACCCACUCAAAGCAGCUUCUGCUCUUCAGUUUUCAACCCCUGCCAAAAUGUUACCAUAAAUAUGGAAUCACUGAUGAAGAUACGUGUGUGUACACAUAUAUAUAUAUAUAUAUAUAUAUAUAUAUAUAUAUAUGAAAUUAUUAUAUAAAAUGUAUUACACACAUACACACACACAAUGGCACAGUUGGACAGAGGAUGACCAGAGCUGUGAUGCGGGAGACAGAGACUCUUUACUCAGCUCGAAGAAAGGAAGGAAGGAUGGGAGAUGGAGGGAGUGAAAGAGGGAGAAAUGUGUUGGGGGCGACUUGCGCCCUUCCCCACUCCCUCUCACUCCCUCUUCACUCCUCCCUGUCCCCCCACCCCCGCUCCUACCCCCCUCCAGGGAUGCACACUCGCUUGGAUUAUGGGGGCACACACACUCAAGUUUGCAUGAGUGUGUGUUUGUGUAUGUGGACUUGUGAAAUGGCGGAACAGAGCAGAAGCGACAAAAAGACAGAUGUGCAUGUGAGGUUGCCUUGGAUACAGCAUCCAGGUACACCUCUGCUCUCUUUUUUUUUUCUCUUUAAUUCUUACUUUCUUACUGUUUUUUAUUACUAUUAUUUUCUAAUUUUAUUUGAAUAUUUUGGUUCUUAGUACAAAAAUCAUACUAAGCGUAGUUCUCUUUCUCCCCUCUUUCUCUCUCACUGUGUCUUUUCUCAUUCUCUCUUCUAACUUCUCCUGUCCAUCUGUCCUUUCACUCCAUCUUUCUCUCUGCCCCUCUCCCCCCAUCAUCUACGUGCUUGCUUUGGUUAUGAGAGAAGCUGGAACUCGAGCUCAAAUUUAGCUGUAAACGGAGUUGUCUUGUCAAAAAUUGUGUUGUAUAUUAAAAAUGAUUUUUUAAAGAAGAAAAUGACCUUAUUGUGAAUAAAGUACUUGACAGUGGUGGAGUGUUGAGCCAACUGUAACAUGAA